AACCGCAAUUUACGGCGCGUCGGCAUUGAGAAUCUGCAUACGAGAAAACUGGUCGCAGCGUGAUAAGACCACGCGACUGCACCACUUUGAUAUCCCGCGGGUACUUAAAGUCCAACAAUGUCCACAUUCCUCGUAUUCUGUUUUACACAAUGAAGUUCUUUGAGACACAGUCCGUGCUGCUCGUUCUCGCCAUUCUUGCCGACGUUUAUUGCACCGAUGAUUCGGACGGCGUGUCUGUGGAGGUUGAAGAAAAUGAUCAGGAUUUUGACGAGUUUUUUCCCAUGGAAUGCGGGGAGCAUGAAGAGUACAAUGAGUGCACUGGGGAUCCGGAGUGUCAAAAAACGUGCGAAAAUAUGGAUCAGUGGGAAACAAUGGCUUGCGCCAGGACAAGGAUCUGCAUUCGCGGUUGCAUCUGCGAGGACGGUUACGUGCGAGAUAAUUACAACGGCGUUUGCAUGGAGGAAAAUAGCUGCCCUCGAGUGAAACAUUAACUUUAUUAACCAGAACGUAAAAAAUUUUGAACAAGUCGCAACAAAGAUCGGAAAGGGGAUCGAGAAACUCGUAACGCGUGGGAUUUGUUUUCGUUUUAGUGCAGAGUAUUCUUUUUCAAACCGCUUCUCUUUUUAUACAAUUAAUUGAAUGAUUUAACGCAAAUGAAUCUUGUGUCAACGUCUCGAAAUAAAAACGAUUA